AUGGAACACGAGGAAGUGGAAUCUAUCUGGGUUCAAUUAAGACCACAUUCACCCCCACAAAAUAUUUCCAUAAUUUUUCUAGGUGUUGUUUAUCAUUCAACUACUAACGGAGAAGUGGAAAAUGCGACUCUUCGUGACCAUAUUCAGAGGAAUAUUGAUAAGUAUCUUUUGAAACAUCCAAACGUAACAGUUAUUUUAACCGGCGAUUUUAAUCCGACUUCAAAUGGCCUGCACUCUGACUCUAUUUCUAGAACUAACCACUUGAAACAGCUAGUUCAAUUCAACACAAGAGUCUCUGGGAUACUUGACUGGUUUUUUACUAAUAGACCCCACACCUUCGAUCUUUAG